GCAAAUCACACCUUCAUUCAUCCUCUUUGUCUAUGCUUUUCGAUCAUGAUGGCUCUUCCUAACUCAAUUCCAUGCCUUGUUCAGUCUCAGAAAAUCCCUACUCUUGUGUUUGCGAUCUCCACCUUGUUCCUAUAUGCAAACUCACUUUCCUUCAACUUCACCAGUUUCAGUCCCAACAUGGCCAACAUAUCCUUCCAAGGCGAUGCGUUCUCAUCCAGCGAUGUUCUCCAACUCACAAAGAAUGCUAAAGAUAGUAACCUCACUGGCAGUGCCGGGCGAGCUUCGUAUUAUAAGCCUGUCCGUCUCUGGGAUGCCAAGACACGAAGGCUUACAGACUUCACCACCCAUUUCACCUUCGUCAUGAAAGCAGUAGACUCGGGAUGGUAUGGCGAUGGGAUGUCUUUUUUCAUUGCACCACUAGACUCUCCGAUCCCGCAGGAUUCAAGUGGCGGGUUCCUUGCAUUAUUUAGUCCUCAUACUGCUUUGAGUGCCUCCAAAGAAAAUCAAAUUGUUGCUGUUGAGUUUGAUAGCAAAAAAGAUAUUGAAUGGGAUCCUAGUGAUAAUCAUGUAGGCAUUGAUGUGAACUCCAUUGUGUCCGUGGCUAGUGUCGAUUGGAAAAGCAGCAUUAAAACUGGAUCAAAGGCAAAUGCAUGGGUAAGUUACAACUCCACUACCAAAAACUUGAGCGUCUUUCUAACUUAUGCUGAAAACCCUGAGUUCGGUGGGAACUCUACCCUUCAUUAUAUUAUUGAUCUUAGGGAGUUUUUGCCUGAAUGGGUCAGGAUAGGUUUCUCUGCUUCCACAGGUGAUUGGGUUGAAAUACAUAACAUUUUAUCUUGGACGUUUGAAUCAAGCUUGGAAGUUAGUGAUAAGAAGAAAACAGGAUUAGUUGUUGGUUUAGCUGUGGGUAUUGGAGUUCUGACUACUUUUGGGGUAGGUGUGUUAUGUUUUGUUCUCUGCUGGAGAAAAAAUAGGACACGCUGUGAAAAGGACAAUGAGGCCAUCGAUGUCUCCAUGGACGAUGAGUUUGAGAAGGGGACUGGGCCUAAGAGGUUCACUUACCGUGAACUAAUUCGGGCAACCAACAACUUUGCGGAGGGGGGAAAGCUCGGAGAAGGAGGAUUUGGAGGUGUUUACAAGGGAUUGUUGAACGAGGGUACCAUCACAGAAGUUGCAGUUAAGAGGGUGUCAAGAGGAUCAAAGCAAGGUAAAAAAGAGUACGUGUCAGAAGUAAAGAUCAUCAGUCGUUUGAGGCACAGAAAUUUGGUUCAACUCAUUGGUUGGUGCCAUGAAAGGGGUGAGCUUCUUCUAGUCUACGAGUUCAUGCUCAAUGGAAGCCUUGAUUCGCAUCUCUUUGGAGGACAAGUCAUGUUAGUCUGGAACCUAAGGUACAAAAUAGCCCUUGGCUUAGCUUCUGCCCUACUGUACCUUCACGAAGAAUGGGAACAAUGUGUAGUGCAUAGAGAUAUCAAGUCUAGCAACGUUAUGUUAGAUUCGAAUUUCAAUGCCAAACUUGGUGAUUUUGGUCUGGCAAGGCUUGUGGACCAUGAGUUGGGAUCACAAACAACUGUUUUGGCCGGCACCAUGGGCUAUUUAGCUCCCGAAUGUGUAACGACAGGCAAGGCUAGCAAAGAAUCAGAUGUCUAUAGCUUUGGUGUUGUCGCCCUUGAAAUCACAUGUGGAAGAAGGCCAGUAGAAACCAGGCAAGAACCAAGUAAAGUAAGGCUCGUGGAGUGGGUAUGGAACCUCUACGGCGAAGGGCAACUUCUUGAUGCUGUUGACAAGAUGUUGUGUACAGAUUUCGAUGAGCGGCAGAUGGAGUGUUUGAUGAUUGUGGGAUUAUGGUGCUGCCAUCCAGAUUACACCCUUCGUCCAUCUAUAAGGCAAGUGAUAAAUGUUCUUAAUUUUGAAGCUCCAUUGCCUACGCUUCCUUCAAAAUUACCUGUUCCAAUGUACUAUGCUCCUCCCAUGAGUAUGUGCAAGUUCUACUACACAUCAUCUGGCAUCACAGCUGACUCCGAGAGAUAUCGAACUCAGUGUUCAUGCAGCAGCUGCUCUACCAACUCUUCAAUGUUGUCUGCAGGGCCUACAAAAGCUCUUUUGAAUACACGGAAAUCUGAUAUCUAGCUAGCACGCAUGUUCCUUUUGAUCUUCCCCGGUGUUUUGAUGGGGAAAAAAUUAA